CACCUCGCAGCCUUGUUUUUUUGGGCGUUGUACUUUUCUACCUCAAAUCAUCUCCACCAUCUGCUUGAAGGCCCAGCACACGUCCCGGAUAUCGACAUGAGCGCCAUUCGAAGCACACCUACUCGAACCCAUCGGGUAUCACCUUAUGUUCGCCGUGAGCCACAACCUCAACGACCACAACCGCCCAAAAAAUCUAUGUGGUCGUUGUCAGGGAUUCUCCACUAUCUCAACCCUUUGCGGUCCAGGGAUGACAUGGAAGUAGACGACGAAGUAUCGCCUCCACCACCGGUGGCUGACUCUAGUCCUCCGCCUACUCAGCCAUCACCGAGUGCAGGACAAGUUACGACGCAACCCUCGAACACGAAUAAUGACAGGACCUCAGGCGCGUCAGCCACCCCUCCAGCCAUUCAUCCUCCAGUUCUUCCUCAAACCGUCCCUGCCACGCCCGCAAAUGUUUCCGUCGCUUUGCCGAUAUCACUCGACCCGGCCCUAGAGAGUGUCGCCGCCUACCUCCAUGAUCGACGCGACCAGACUAUUCCGGCGGCGGACGCUGACAAUUUAAUUGAUAAACUCAUGCAAGCUGCUGCUCGUGAGUCACAUCUUGCCCGUUUUAUAAUCCUACCCAAUAUUAACGUUAUUGCAGGCCAAGGACGGGAACGGGAACGCUUCCGUUUUUCUAACAGUCCGUCGCCACACCGUGGCAAUUCGCCAGCUUUGACUGCGAAUUCUGAGGCCGGUGGCCCUGCCACUCCGACCAAGAUGCUUAGCAAGAAUCCUAACGGGGAUUAUAGAUGGAAGGGAGGCGGCAGCGCCAAGGUUCGGCCUCGAGGUCGAUAUCAAUCCCCAGCGUUUGGGCCGUCGCGCGCCACCCCAGACCGUUUGAUUUUGGGGGAUUCUACGUUGACUUCUAUCACGGACAAUACGAAAGCAGAUACCAAGAGACGGCGCGUGACUAAUGGCCAUGGGAGCUCCUUCGCCGAGCCAAGUGGCGCGUCAGCCACUCCCACAACACCCAAGUCCAUUCCGUUCCCUAGACGCGAUACCCCAAUGGCUUCCCCAGCCUUUAAUACUUCCUCAAUAUCGUCCGCCAACCCUCCAGCGUUAAACGGAAGUCCGCCUAAACUCAAUGGACUGCCGGCUUCCACCUCGACCCCUCGAUUCCGCCCUACUUUUGUCCCUCCCAAGCCUACCACGCCUGCUGUUCCAUCCCCUCUGCGUCAAGCCUGGGGUCAAACCUCUCCUGGUUCACCCGAGACGCCACCGCAAACACAGAAACAAUCCAGUGCUGCAAAUUUCAUGGCAGCAUUGAUCAAAGAUAACACGCCUACCAAGAAACCGGAUAUCAGUAACCCUUAUCAAACGCCGGGCUCUAUCAGAGCAACUAAAUCGAAACGACUGAGAGCAACCGGAAAGCCUGCCAUCCCAAAGAAACAAGCUGUGGAAGAGAAGAAGGAGAAGGAGAAAGUUUAUUCACCACAGGCAAUCAUCGAAGCCACUGUUCCUAAGGGUAGCAAACGAUCGCGUCCGCCCACCUCUGCUACGGCUACCAAGGCUAUCGCUGCACCUAAAUCCUUCAGAGUCACCGUUGAGGACGUCGAAGAUGAAGGUGAUGAAGAUGAAGCCCAGCGAGCCACCAAGAGGAUGAAGCCCACUGUCAAUGGCCGUACGACCACCUCCACCCCUUCUAAGGACGCUGAAGCAUUAAAACCUGAAAUCAAGGUGAAUGGAGUCAGCGAAUCGAACCCGCCCGCGCCUUCUCUUUUUGGUUCCCCAAUGUCGUCUGCUCGUGUUGGGAGAUCUUCGAAUGCCCCCAAAGAACCCUCAAAGCUAAGGUUUAGCUACCAGCCUGAAACCCCAAGCUCCCCUCCCCCUGCUCCAGUACUCGCUGCCGCGGUUCUUCCUGGUGCAAACGCGACGCCAGUUCGUACAUUCCCUUUCCCAGCAGCGAUGCCUCCACCAACCUUCUCCUUCCCCGCAACCCCUUCUCCUUCGUCGUCCUCGCCAACGGUGAGCUCCCCACCCGGUAGGUCUGACCCAAAGGCGGCUGCUCUUGCAGUCUCCCCAUUGUCGUUGCCUUCUUUCAGCUUUGCGUCCACUUCAUCAAAGCCAUUGUCGUCUGAAUCAUGGGAUACCGAGGCGCGUAGUAAGGCGAAGGCUACAUCUACCUUUGAGCUACCCACAUUUUCCUUCCCGUCCUCUCCGGUGGCUGGUCCAUCGAAGCCAACAGCUGCGACCCCUGUAGUUGCUGCUCCGGCCCCCACAGCCCCACCCAAGUCCUUUGAUUGGAGCGCUGCUGGAAUGAAGCCGCCUGCUAAGGCGGCCCCCGGGGAAUGGUCCUGUGAUGCAUGCACGCUCAAAAAUAAGGAUCCUGCCGCGGAGAAAUGUCAAAUUUGUGGCGAGCGCCGGGAAAAGCCCAAACCUGCUGCUCCUGCUGCGACGUUUAACUGGGCCGCCGCGGGGAUGAAACCAUCCAGUCGCCGCUCCGGAUCAAUGGCAAUGCUCUGCCUGUAUGUUGACGCAGGGAGGAGCCGACAAGUGUUCGAUCUGCGAUACACCCCGCGCUUGAUAAAAUUAUUUUCUUGAUUCUCAAAUUCCCAAUUUCACUGUCUACUUUCCCCCAUUUCUUCAAUCUUGCAAUCAUCGUCAUCGCAUCCAGUUUUCCUUUUAUCACAGUUGUAUAUCUUACACAAUCGUAGCUACAGUAGUUACAGAAGAAUGAACAUGGGGUGUUGGGCGGACAGU